GCUGGAAUCGCAGGCUCAACAAAACAAGACACGAAAAAGACGUAAAGUUAUGAAUCACAGCUGUGGAAAUUACAACCCUACGAGUAAAUGAUAAAUACCCGAGAGACGCAACGAUAGCAGUGUUCAAAUUGCAAGCAUGACCAAGACUAGCAAGAGGAGGCAGGCCCCUAAGGCGCCCAAAAAGUCUACAAGUAGUACAAAUGUCGACCGGCCAAAACCACAUGCACAUUCUACAAUGAGAGACAAGACCACUGUGAAGCGACUGCAAAUGUACAAGUCUGGGGGGAAAGCAAUCAGAAAUGCUGCUGGUAAAGUUGUGAAGGCUGCUCCCUUCCAGACAAGAGCAACGCCGGGUGAAGUAGCAAGAGUAGCACCAAACAGAAAAUGGUUUGGAAACACCCGAGUUAUCACCCAAAAUGCCUUGCAAACAUUCCAAGAGGAGAUGGGUAAAGUGAUGAAAGAUCCCUAUAAGGUUGUCAUGCGCAAGACCAAGCUACCCUUGUCACUUCUGGAUGAGCGAGCGCAGUCAUCACGAGUACACAUUCUUGACACAGAGGGGUUUGACACCACGUUUGGACCCAAGGCACAGCGCAAGAGACCCAACAUUAAAGUCUCAGAUAUGCAGGGUCUUGCAGAAAUGGCACAGUCAUUGACUGAAAAAUACAACGAAGAAAACGACAAAGAUUUGGUCCGAGAAGACUUGGAUGAAAGGCCAGAGGCCAAGGAAUCUAUUUACAGCAAGGGACAAUCCAAAAGAAUAUGGAAUGAGCUUUACAAGGUUGUUGACUCAUCUGAUGUGAUCCUACAGGUACUUGAUGCUAGAGAUCCACUAGGAACCCGAUCUAAACACAUAGAAACAUUCAUAAAGAAGGAGAAAUCACACAAACACUUGAUCUUCAUCCUCAAUAAGUGUGACCUUGUACCCACAUGGGUGACGCAACAAUGGGUCUCUGUGCUAUCAGAGGAACACCCCACACUGGCUUUCCAUGCCAGUGUCACCAAUCCAUUUGGCAAGGGUGCACUCAUCAACUUACUUAGACAGUUUUCCAAGCUUCACAGUGACAAGAAACAAAUUAGUGUUGGUCUCAUUGGAUAUCCAAAUGUUGGCAAAAGCUCCAUCAUCAACACUCUCAAGGCUAAAAAAGUCUGCAAAGUUGCACCAAUUGCAGGAGAAACCAAGGUCUGGCAGUAUAUCACUCUCAUGCGGCGCAUAUAUCUUGUAGACUGUCCUGGAGUUGUGUAUCCUACAGGUGACACUGAAACUGAAAUCAUCCUUAAAGGCGUGGUUCGAGUUGAAAAUGUGAAAGAAGCAGCAGAACACAUCCCCACCGUGUUGGAAAGAGUCAAACGUGAAUACUUGGCAAAAACCUACCGUGUCCAGGCAUGGGAUGACUGCACAGAUUUUCUGGAACAAGUGUCUAGAAGAUCAGGGAAACUACUAAAGGGUGGGGAGCCAGAUAUCAAUACUGUAGCAAAAAUGAUUCUAAAUGACUUCCAACGAGGAAAGCUGCCAUACUUUGUUGCUCCACCCAAACAGGAUGGAGACACAAGUACAAAUCCAGAGUCCAACAAAUCAGCCAAAAUCCCUCCUCUUAUGAGCAGUUUUGUCAAAGCAAAAGAUCAAGCAGAAAACGCAUCAGAUGAUAAUAAAAAGGAAAAUGAUGAUAGAAUAGUCAACAGAGAUUGUCCAAUGGUUGACAAGGCAAAAGAUAUAGACAACAGCACAGCAACUUCAAAAAGAGAACAUCCUGAAUCACUUGCUUCAAAAAAAGACUCUUUUAAAAACACUUCAGCAUUACAAGUUAGACAAGACUUUAGUGCAAUUCAUGUGGCUCCGGAUUUCGCUGGUGAUGACGUCAGACCACUGGAAGAAAUAAGCGGAGUGGACGCGGAGCAGGAAUCGGACGACGAAGAAGAGAGCAGAGCUGAUAGUAAGGAUGAAGCAGUCGAGAAACCAGGAGAGGACUCUGAAGAAGAUGCGCCAGAACUAAUUCCGAUAACUGUAGACGCCAGCGAAGGUAACGUAAAGGACCUGCUAGAUGUUUCUGAGUGGGAGGAACUGAGGAAAGCUAUGGAAACCGGGGAGAUUGAUGACAGCGACGAGGAGGAAGAUCAUGAUGCUACUGCUUCUGCUGAUGAUGGUGAUGACAAUGAUGAUGACGAUGAUGACGAUAUUGAUUAUGAGUAUUGGGUUGACGAGGAGGAGGAGAAAGUAGUGGAAGAAGAAGAGGGAGAAAAGAAUGAACAAGAAUACUCUGCUGACGAAAAUGAAUCAGAGGUUGUAUCAGAGACAGCAACACCACCUGUUUGCGUUGACGACAAAAUCUGGACGUCUCCCACUAGCCAACGGUAUGCAGUCAGCGUGAGUCCGUUUGUGACAUGCGUAGAAGCAAUUGACAGCGACAACGAUAGAGAAAUUGGAGGAGGCGUACACGGGACUCCAAAAAAUUCCAAUAACAAUAGCAAAUCUUCAAAGACGAAAAAGGGUUAUUUGACGAGUAAAAAUGGUGGAAAGCAAACCAAACGGAUAAGCGACGAGUCUGAAGAUGAAGACUCUCCUGGGAGAAAAAAGAAACGAAUGACGACAAACAAGCAGCGAGUGGGGUCUAAUUAUUAUGCAGCUGCCAACGUGAAAAACAAAAACCGAAACAGGAGCAAAGAGAAGACUUCCCGUUCAAAAAAGAGGGGAAAGAAAAAUAAAUGAGUCUCGUUAAGGACAUAUUUUAAAGAUACAUAACCAUCCAGUACCCUGCUAGUAGAGACUUUUCCUAGUUUCCCUAUACUCGCCUUGUUUCCCUAUACUCUCCUUACGUACUUUCGAAAAGAGGCGCAAGUACGGGAUCCGAAACGAUCUCCCUUUCACUACACAAGAGAAUAAUCUUCUGCACACGGACGGACCAUUCAGCUACGACUUUGUUCGCGCGCCCGAGCCUUUGCCUCCAGUGACGCCUUCUCCCCGCGGCCUUGCAACAAGGGCAGAUAUUGUUGUCUUUGUAGAUUUGCGGUAUUUUAAAUUCGAAACUGAUAUAUUAACCAAUUGCUAUGUUUGCUUAGUUUGUCUAUUUGUUGUUUGAAAGAUGUUUUUAUUAUUGCUCGAAUAAGCUUCUGGUCCUAAUUAGCACCUAGUCCGAGUUAGCACCUCGCUUUAAAUUUAAACUAAAGUCAUGAAUAAAUAAACGCCUUCCCAAGUU